AUGGCAAAAAAAAGAACACUUCGCGCUCCUACCACGUCCAGUCUGCCGAACAAUCUCAGAAUCCCAAGCAAUACACCUUCCUUAGUGAAAGCUUUUGGCCGGUUAUCGCGACAAUCGCUGCUAAACCUUGUUGCGGUAUGGCUCUCGCCGAAAAUCGUUGAAUUAUAUCCGCCGUUUCUCGAAAACUCGAAUGAUAAUGACGGUCUCAACGAUCAAGACGAGUCUCCGUAUCCAGCGGCCAGUAGCGUGGAAGAAAUCCGUGAGGCAUAUGAAGAGCUAAGACAAAGAAAGGGCGGGAAAAGAGAAGUCAUUGAUCGAGUACUAGAAGGCGACUGGCGACAUGGAAUUGCUCUCGGCCAGCUCGCAAUGGUCGAUAUUCAACAUCUAGAAGAUCAUCCACGAGCGCAAACAUGGUCUGCAUUUCGUCUAGGGUUGGUGGAUAAGAAGCGACAGUUAGCUGAAAAGGAAGAAGACGGGGAUCUUUUGGCUACUCUUCCGCGACUCCAUGCUGCGACGUUCUUGUCGAAUCUACAGCGGGAAAUCUCGCCGUUGGUGAAGGCUCAUUAUCAUCUGGCACGAUCGAAAUCAUACCCAUUGAUCUAUUUGCGAUUAUUCAUCACCGACUCUCCAUAUCAUCAACCCCGACAGGGGCCGGGGACGUAUCUAGAUGCUGCAAGAAUACUAUACAUUGCGUUUCCCGACAGCAGUCCCUAUAUCUAUACGUCCAUGUCGGCAUUGACAGGCAGCAAAACCGGCCCCUCCCAGUCUGCUGUUCUCAUGAACGACCCUCGAACUCUACGAGGAAUUGUUCGAGACGCACUCCCAAAAGCUCUAUCAAAGCAAAACGAGCGAUAUACAUUAGAAGCAACUUCAUUAACCGCCAAAAGCCUCGAAACGAUGCUUGCGCUUCGCGGGGCUGGCAGAACAAACGAGGCCAAUGGCGCGUUCAGUAUAUUUGGUGAUGCAGUUUUUGAAGGUACUCCUGUUGAUCCGCGACAGCCUACUACGGUAGUUCCGCAGGACUAUCAGACCGCAGGUAGCGCAAGCGAAGAUAAGGAGAAUGCAACAGACCAACAAGAUUUAAACCGGAAAGGAAUCAGUCCAAGUAAUGGAUCGAUAUCAUCUCCUGCGACAAAAAGACGCAAAUUAGCUGUAUUAUCUCGAUUCGGAACUUCAGGAACUUCGUCUUCUCAAGCAACUCUCAACCGGUUAGACAUUCGUCUUCUCGACCAUCUAGAUGAUGAUGAUAAUGAUGAGACUAAUGCCAAUGAGGAAGGUUCAGAUGAUGACGACAGUACACACACCAUGUCCCUCUCUUUCACAGGCAACAAUGUCAUCGCGGGAUUUCGAAAAUUGGCGGAAUUGGGUGUUGUAGAUCCUAAUCGCAUGCCUUCGUGGAUGACUGGUGAGGAGGGCGGAGACGGGUCGGAUUAUCAAGGUAACUGGAAUUACCAGGGCAAGACUGCUAUACUUGUUUCGUCGCUUCUGCAUGAUAUAUCCUGGCCUGGGUUUGAGCAAUGGUGUAUGGUGUUGAUAUGGUUGGGUCUGUUGGUUAGUUUAAUUUGGACAAUAUAUACCCGGGCAAAAGAUCCCUGAAAGUUCAGAGAUAGAACAUGAUAUAUCUCAAGGUCGACACAAUUGUCUAUCAUUGAGUUAAUAGCUUGACUACUAUAUGUUACUGAUCGUGUUCCAAAGUCACGAAUGCAGCAUCUUG